AUGAGUUUGAAAGGCGUGGGAAAGAGCAUUACUCGUGCGCCUCAGACAUUCAAGCAGCGCUUCAACAUCGGCGACAUCACCAAAGACGCCGUAUACAUCGAUGCUGAGCGCCGCUUCGAGGAACUCGAGAAGGAAACCAAGAAGCUUCACGACGAGUCCAAGAAGUACUUUGAUGCUAUCAAUGGCAUGCUAAACCACCAAAUCGAAUUCUCCAAAGCCAUCGGCGAGAUCUACAAGCCCAUAUCAGGCCGCAUGUCCGACCCCAACUCGACCAUCCCGGAAGGCAACCCAGAAGGCAUUGAGGCCUGUGAAGAAUACGAGGCUAUCGUCCGCGAUCUGCAGGCCACCCUGACGCCCGAACUCGAAAUGAUAGAGCAGCGCGUAAUAGCACCCGCCGACCAGCUGCUCGAAGUCAUCAAGAUCGUGCGAAAAGUCAACCUCAAACGAGACCACAAACAGAUCGACUACGACCGACACCGGACAACCCUCAAGAAACUUCAGGACAAGAAAGACAAGACUCUCAAGGACGAGAAGGCGCUCUUCAAAGCCGAGAACGACGUCGAGCAAGCCACCCAGGACUACGAAUAUUUCAACAAUCUCCUCAAGGACGAGCUACCCAAACUCUUCGCCCUCGAGGCCGAGUUCAUUCGCCCACUAUUCCAGUCCUUCUACUACAUGCAACUCAACGUUUUCUACACGUUACACGAAAAGAUGCAAGCCAUCAACAUCGGCUACUUCGACCUUGCCCUCGAUAUCGAGGAAGCCUUCGAAGCCAAGCGCGGCGACGUGAAAGAAAAGGCCGAAGAACUCUCAAUCGUGCACUUUAAGGCGACCGGCGGCAUCAAGACUGCUCCUGGCGCCAGUAAGUACCAAUCGAAAUACGCCGCCAAGGCGAAGGAGGCCGAAGCCAGCAAAUCCAAGUACGCACGCAAUGGCACAGCCGCUGCAGAUCCAGAAGCUGGCGUUGCAAAUCCACCUCCGCCAUACUCACCGCCUUCUGCUACUGGCUCAACGCCCACGUCGCCAGCUUUCAGUGCGAUAGGGAAGUCAAAACCACCGCCACCGAAGCCUAAGCCGAGCAGAUUGAGUGGCGUGCCUGCUACCGAGACAGUGACAGCACUGUACGACUAUGAGGCACAGGCAGAGGGCGAUCUGAGUUUUAUGACCGGCGACAUCAUCGAGAUCGUUACACGAACGCAGAACGAGAACGAAUGGUGGACUGGCAAAGUGAACGGGAGGCAAGGACAAUUUCCUGGCAACUAUGUGCGCUUAAAUUAA